GGACGCGGGGCAGUGGCAGUCGGCGGUGUCCGUUAGUCAGGCGGAGUGACAACGCCGGAGACGACCGCGUGCGAGUCGACUUUGUCAAGACGCCGUCGUCGUCGUAAUCGUGGGUGCGCGAAAGAGGAGCCGCUCCGGAAGGGAAGCUCGACGCGGAGGUGGAUCCUCCGGGCCGCCUGGUUCAGCGACAACAGCGGGAUACGAUCCUGAGAAGCGAGAGACGCGGUGGCGGCUCGGGGAGUGGUAACUCGUCGCCGGGAGAAAGUGACGUUUCGGAGUCGGCGGCCCAUGGCCGGCGGCUUCUCGCGAGCUCGCCGAGGCCCGUGAGGCCCCUCGUUGCCGAGGCUUCCCUCGCCGGGAUUGGCUCGUCCAGCGGACUCGCGGCGAGCGCGCGCCAAUAGCGCCCGCGGGCCAGGUGGCCCUCCUCUCCGCGUCGGGCCCCGUCGUCAUCGUUGUUGCCGCUCGGCUCGGUCCAGGAUCCGACGAAGCGCCGGCCGGAACGUCGCCGGGAAGAUGAGCCUGCUGUCCUCCUCCAUCGACGGCGUUCGCUUCCACGCGGACGAGGACGCCGACCACAACAUGCUCCAGGAUCUUCAAUUGGCGGCGGAACUCGGCAAAACUCUGUUGGAACGGAACAAGGAGCUGGAGAACAUCAUCAAGCUGCAUCAAGCUACCGUGGAGGAACAAACACAGGAGAUCGAGUAUAUGAAAAAACAGACCGCCGCUCUGAGGGAGGUGAACAAUACACGGUUGAAAGUCUACGAGCAGUUGGAAGUUAGCGUGCAGGAUCUGGAACGUGCGAAUCAUCACCUGGUGAUCGAGAACACGAGCGAUAAGAAAUUGAUCAAAAGCCAAUCCGUGACUAUUGAGAAUCUGGAAAUAAGAUGCGAGGAACUUCAAAAGAAGAUUGACGACUUGACCGGACAGUUGCGUCAACGGGCUGCGAGCCCGUCUAGGAGUAAUAAUGCGCAGCAACAGCAACAGCAACAAAAUACCAAAUGGGAAAUUUCGGAUACGCAAGGUGGCAGCGAGAAACAGAGAGCUGCCCCGAGUUCGCCAAAGUCCUCCCAAGAGACUAUCGCCGCGACCACAGCGAGCGAUCACGAAGAAGAGAUGACCGAGUUGCUGAGACAGUUGCAGGAAGUGCGCAGCCAAAGGGCCAGAGAGCAGAAGAAGGUGUCCGAGCUCAGUCAGCAGUUGACCACCUUGUUGCAGGAGAAUAGCGCGUUGGAGGAACAGUUGACAGAGUGGCGUAAUAAGGCGCAGGACGUGAAGAGCCUGCAGGACGAAAUUAACACUUUAGAGGAAGUCAGACGAGGUCAGUUAUGCGGGCGAUGUCUGCGCGGUAUGGACACGAGAACGCAUGACGAACUCUCUAUCAUGUUGGAUCAAGAAGAGUACGAUGACAUAAGCGUGGCCGAGUCGUUGAUCAGCGAAACUCAGCGCGACACUGAACAGACAGUCCAGGAUACAGGCAGCAAGAACGAGUGUACGGAUGAGCUGGAUAGCGCGAACCCCUAUCGAGUUCUGGUGGAGAAGUAUCAGGCCUUGUUGGAAGUGCAGAGACACUGUCAGCCCCGUCGAAAGGAUGCGCCCAAUCCCGCGUGCAUGUCGUUGCAGGAGGAGCUGGAGAUGUCUGGAGAGUUCAACAAUUUCUAUUCCACCGAGAGCGCCGUUGCCGGUCCGGAAUCGAACAAGAUUGCCGCUUCACGAGCCAAAGUGCCCGACAAUUCCGGCAAGAAACCCUUCUCAGCCACCCCGACAGAUUUCUCCGAGGCCGAGACGUCGUCCUCAGGCUUCUCAGACGAGACGAGUAACAAGGCGACGCAGACGGACGGCAGGCCGGGCUCGUUCCUGUGCUCCAUCGCCGAUGGCGAGGACUGCAAGUUUAGCAUCUACGACGACAACAGCCCGUUCGAGAGCAGAUUCCGCAAAACGCCCGAGUAUCGGCAAUUGUUCAGCGAGAUCUUUAGCGUCUUGAAGCGAGCGGCCGAGGCAAAGGACGAGGGUGAAAAGUUGCCAUUGUUGGACGAUUCCACCACGUCUCAGACUACGUACGAGACAUCGUUUCAAGAGGAGAGCGAGGCGACAGACGACACUCAAAGCGUCAUGUCCUCCAUGGUGUCAUCGGUGGUUUCGGAACCGGUCUUCAGCCGAGUGCAAUCCGCUUGCAGCCCACCCAGUAUCAAGAACGAUCAACAGACCGAUAACAACAAGUCCGGUGUCGGUGCAAAACAACAGCCCGAUGGCAAAGAUUCAGGCUGCAGGAUGGACUACGUGUCCGUUAACUUGCGUAUGCGUAAGAAGUCUUCGGCGAAAAAGAACUCCGCCAAGAGAGCGCAUUACAACGAUCGAUCAACUACGCCAGACGUCAUCCCCACGACGAAUCCGAAAUUCGUGCCUCCCAAGCCCAACGGUGGUGGCCGAAGGAGAUUCAAGCCGUUCAAUCCGGCCGAGCACGAGCACACGAGUACGUGGAACAACCACGUAUAUUCGGCGACAACACGACCGAGGGACAACAGAAGGCAACAGCAUACGUGUGCGCGUGGCUCGAGCGAACAGCAGCAGCACAACAAUUACGAGUACAGGGACUUCAAACCUAGCACGGCGUCCGAAGAGGUGGCACGAUUGAAGCGACUGGAGAUGUCUUACGCGGAGGUCCUCCGGACGCCAAACAGCAAGUCUCGAACUAACAAUCAUCAUCAUCAUCAUCGUAGGAGUUAAACAGGACGAUGGAUCGAAGCGAAGGAAAGCAAGAUGUAGAGUUUUAUAUUUGAAUUUCAAUUAUAUCUCUGUUUUUCUCUCUCUCGGAUAAGAUAGAGCUCCGCGCGUUUGGUCCACAUUAUUCAUUCCAAGAUGAAGAUUCAGUAUUGUUUUGUACUUGUAAAUAUUCGA